GAGCCAAAGUCUGAGUGAACUACUCAGAUCUCUGUCGCCUGCAACAGAAUUGAGCCGCUUUCUCAUGGUCCUUCAGGAAACAAGGUCUGUUUGCCCUAGCAGGAUGCUUUUGCUAUCAUGGGCGAUACUCUCCAUGUUUCUGGCAGUAGCAUCAGGGAACACAGCGCCAUACUUCAACAUGAACAGAACCUUCACCUUGCCAGAGGACACACGUAUAGGAGCCUUUGUUUUAAGGCUGGUGGCUGUGGAUGAUGAAGGGGAUGUUUUGACCUAUAGCAUAAGUGGCAGCUACGCCCACUACUUCAAUCUUGACAGUAGAUCAGGCAACGUGACGUUGAAGCAAAGAGUGAAUUAUGAGGACACAAAAAUUAUGCUUCUGGAUGCCCAAGUGACGGAUGGAAAAAGUGUGCCAGUCGUUAUGGGAAUCACCAUCAUUGUAGAAGACCGGAACAACAAUAAGCCAAUAUUCCAGAAUGAACCCUAUUUUACUGAUGUCCCAGAGAAUACAGCAAUUGGCUCCUCAAUCUACACAGUCUUAGCUGUAGACAUAGACAGUGGAAACGCUGGACGGGUAUCCUAUUCAAUUGAGGAAGUCAACCCAAACGAUGCAGAGAAUCACGACCUCUUCUAUAUCCAAUACAAUGGCACGGUGUUCCUGAAUGGUUCACUUAGCUACAACAACAAGAGCACUUUCUACCGAAUCAAGAUCUUCGCCAGGGAUAACGGGGGAUUAUUGGAUGGCCAGCUCAUCUAUCAGAACAACACAGCCUAUCUGUCUGUGACAGUUGUGGAUGUGGCUGACCUGGACCCUGUAUUCUUGGGAGCCCCAUACUCAGGCUCUGUACCAGAAAACUGCCCUCUGGGCACGUCAGUGGUGAAGGUGCAGGCCAUUGACCAGGACAAGAAUGUGAAUGACAUCAUCGAUUACAGCAUCAUCACUGCCACUAGCUUGUUCACGAUCAACAAUGCCACAGGAGUCAUCACUGUGAGCGGCCACCUGGACCGAGAGGGCAUUCCAGGUGAAGAGGUGCAGCUCCAGGUUGUGGCUCGGGAACGAAACCUCAACAUUUACCAGCAAGUGGCGCAAGUGAACACCACUGUGACCAUCCAGGUCACCGACAUAAAUGACAACAAGCCUCAGUUCUAUCUGUGCGUGGACUACGCAACCUGUGACUUCACAGGCCCCCCAGAGGGUGACUUUUCUGGUGAGAUUGAGGAACACGCUUCUGCCAGAACACCUGUGGCCGGCCUAAACAUAGUGGCCUAUGAUCCUGACAAGGGCUCCAAUGGCACCUUCCAGCUGUCCCUGCGGGGUCCAGAUGCGUUUGCAUUUUCAGUCGCACCCCAGAAAAUCGUGAAUGAAGGCACCGUGCAGGUCCUUGUAAGCAAUUCAAGUCUUGUGGACUACGAAAAGACACCUACUAUGACUGUGGAGAUUGUAGCAAAUGACACUGGAAGGGAUAUUGAUUGCUGCUCCUUUGCCAUGGUCACCAUCAAUCUCACGGAUAUCAAUGACCACAGACCUGAGUUCAACCAGAGCGAGUACAAACUUUACGUACUGGAGGAGAGUCCACCUGGCACCAUUGUCUCCUCUAACAUCACAGCUACUGAUCCAGACAGUGGAAAGUAUGGAGAGAUCACCUACUAUCUGCUUCCUCAGAGCAUCCAUUCCACGUUCACGGUGAAUGCAACAAGCGGGGCAGUGCUAGUGGCGAAUGGCUCUAAUCUGGAUUGGGGACAGCGUUCUGUCUAUUAUGCCACCUUGCAGGCAGUGGAUGGGGGCGGUCUGUCUGGAUCCACACAGUUGGAGAUCACAGUAGUUGAUAUCAACAACAACCCUCCAGUUGUGGUGGGCUCCUACAAUGUCUUUGUCACGGAGGGCCAGAACACCCGUGUCCAGAUCCAGGCCACUGACCAGGACGAUCCAGAGACCAAUAACAGCCGCUUGCAGUUUGAGAUUGUGCCUGGCGAAUUCAGCAGCAACUUCACUAUCGACCCAAACACAGGAGUGCUGAGCAGUAAAGAGCCCUUGGACCGAGAAGCCAUCCCUGCAGAGCUGGAGGGCAAGAUGGUGGUGACAGUCCUCGUGCAUGACUUGGGCAUCCCUCAGUUGAACGACACAGUGAAUGUCACCUUCAUCGUGGAGGACAUAAAUGACAACGCACCCAAAUUCAACAGCUCCUUUUAUGAAUUUUCUGUUCCAGAGGGCUUGCAAGGAGCCUUUGUGGGGAGUGUGGAGGCUACCGAUGCUGAUCAAACAGAGAUAAACAACCGUAUCUCAUUCUACAUUGUAAGCAGCGCAGGUUCAAAUAACUUUAUGGUGCGUUCGAAUCGCCUUGGCUCUGGCUGGUACCAGGGGAUCUUGAGUCUGGACUCCGAUGUUGCUCUUGACUAUGAUCGGCUGCAGCAGAAGUUCUUCAGUCUGACCAUGCAGGCGGAAAAUUCAGACUUUGGGGGGGCCACGAAUGCUGACACCGCUGGGGUGAGGGUGAAUGUGCUGGAUGUCAAUGACGAGUCCCCAACCAUUGAGCCAUCUCCACCACGAGACAUCGAAGUUUUGGAGAACGUCACCCUGCAUGAGUUAGUUGUCACGCUAAAUGCCACCGACGUGGACACCAACCACUCGCUGGUAUUCCAGGAGUUAGCUGUGGCCUGCUUCAAUCAUUCACUCAAUGUGGGCAAUGUGUGCCAGGAGUGGUUCCUUCUGGAGCCCAAUGGCUCAAUUUUUGUGAAUAGUUCGGAGAUAGACUAUGAGGCCUGCGACCUGGUGGAGCUCACAUUGCGUGUUAAGGAUGAGUUCACCGAGAAGGGAGACCCCUUCAGUGGAAAUGAGACCCUGAGAAUCUUAAUCGCUGAUGUGAAUGACAACCCACCAGUGUUUGAAGAAAGCACCACCACCUUUGUGAUAAUCCCAGAAGUCUCUCCUGUGGACCUGCAGGUGGCUGUGGUCAAGGCUAAAGAUGCUGAUUCGGGUGUGAACAGAGUGAUUUCAUUUGCCAUCUCCAGGGUACUUUUCAUCCCAGACAAUGGACCCGAGCAGAUCCGUGAAAAUCUUUUCAAAGUGGUGACAACAGCAGAGAAGGACCUCUACAUUGGGAGCAUCCAAGUUGCCAGCAGCCUUGACAGUUCAUUGAAGGGUCAGUAUCGGGUGACAGUGGAAGCCAAGGACCAUGGGAACCCUCCACUGUCUUCCUCGGUAUCACUGGACAUCUACACUGUCGACCAGAGCUACCGUGUCCGGCUGGUGUUUGAUUCUUCCUUGCAGGACGUGCAGUCUAACUCGAAUGAAAUCAAUGUGGCUCUGACUAUAGCUACCCAAGCAACAGUCUAUGUAGCAAACAUGAGGUCCAUUGAGGAUUCCGGGAGCUCCAGAUCUGACAGGGCUGUGGAGAAGACAGCAAUGGAGGCCUAUUUUGUCUAUAGCAAUGGCACAGCUCUGACGUCCGGAGAAGUACGAACACUCAUCCAGAGAAACCCUGAGGAACUCUCUCGGUUGCUCAAGCUUGGCCUAUCCAUCAUUGGCCCUGUGGAGGUGAUGCCGUCCAACAAGGAGAAUGAGCUGUUCGCUGUCAUUGCAGGGCUGGCUGUGGCUGCGCUUCUUAUCCUCAACGUCAUGAUCCUGAUAAUAAUAGGCAUGAGGAAAAGUUAUGUGAGGAAGCUGAACGCCUUAAAAGCCCUGAAGGUGGCUUCAAAGUUCUCACCUGGUGACAUGGUACAGGGGCCUGCUAUCCCUGGGACCAACAGAUACAACACAGAAGGGGCUAACCCCGUGCUUGGUUUCUCCUUGUACCCCUCCUUGGACCUGGAGGAAAACACCAGCUCUGAAGUGGCCAGCCUGAACUCCCUGGAUGAGAACAUGGUUGAUGCUCCAGAGGGUGCUCCAGCCGCUUACAAAAGGGACAAAGCAGAUGCUGUACACCAGGCAAAUGGCCAGAAUGAGCCAUUGAAAGCUGCCUUAGAAAUUCACAAGAAAGACAAGCCAGAGCAACUGGGACACACCAAGCAGUCUUUCGCCUUCCAGAACACCUCCUUGGACACCAGCGAUCUCUGAUCACACACCCUGCUUCCUCCUGGCAGAGGAACAGACACUUAUGAGCAGGACUUGUAUAGCAACACUGGCUCGGAGACAUUGCGCCAGCAACUGUAAAGAAACUCACUGGGAAUCCUUUUUAAUCCAUGACUUAUGAUUGUCUGCAAGCCUGCAUCCUAGAGGCAGAAAUGAGCCUGGCCCAAACUAGAGAGAUCACACUGAACAACAAGAAAGUGGAAGAGGUGGUAAGUGCCUACCAUGCUAGGCAACACCAGUAUUUUCAUGUGUUCAAAAGGUAUGAUGCAAAAUGGCUUGUGGGUUGGGUUUUUAAAAACAACAACAACAACA